AUGGCUUCUCUCACAUCCAAGUUCGCCAACCUGAAUCCCUUUUCCAAGUCGGCACCCGAGGACGAGGAGGAGCUUGGCGAUGCCACCGACAACACCACCCUCGCCGGUGGUGGCCACGCCGCCCGCGACUCGGAACUCAAGCACCGCCUCCGCGUGAGCCGUGCUCUCCGCUCCUUCCUUGCCGGCCGACACGUCAUUUCGUCCGAGGACGCGAACCUCGAUUCCGACCACGCCAGCCCCGCCCUGCAGGCCCUCGUCGACAAGCCUCACAUCAGCGUGCCGCCCGAGCUCAUCGACAGGUCGCACCCCCUCCCCGAGUACUUUAUCAGCUCCAGUCACAACACCUACCUCUUGGCCCACCAGCUUUUUGGAAGCUCAUCGGCCGAAGCCUACGACGAGACUUUGCACGCUGGUGCACGCUGCGUCGAGAUCGAUGCCUGGGACAACCCCGACAACAAGGAAGAGCCAAAGGUCACCCACGGUUACACACUGGUCUCUAACAUCCCCUUCCGCGCCGUGUGCGAAACCAUCCGCAAUGUCGUCGACGAGGAGGCCAAAUCGCCCGAGCUCGCAGCACCCAUUCUUCUAUCCCUAGAGAACCAUUGUAACCCCGAGGGCCAGCUUCGUCUGGUCCAGAUCAUGAGGGAGGUCUUCGGAGACCGCCUCCUCAGCCGAGCCGUGCGCGAUAAAGGCCACGCCGAGCAAGAUGGCCAGGGGGACCACGUCCGUCUCCAAGAUCUAGGCAACAAGAUCGUUGUCAUCGUCGAGUACCACUUCCCAGGUGAACCUGACGACAGCAGCUCGAGCUCGAGCGACGACGAUGAAGACGAGGAAAAGAAGGCCCGCCAUGACUACAGCGCCAAGAAGAAGGAGGCCCCGCCCUCCCUCAUCAUCCCGGAGCUCGAGGAGCUUGGCGUCUACGCCCAGUCCGUCAAGCCUGUUGACAACUCUUGGUACGAGGACACACUGCAAGGCGCGCCGCACCACCACCUCAUCAACGUUUCCGAGUCCGGCCUGGCCUCCCAUAUGCCCGAGGCCGCCGUCAAGAUCGCCAGCCACAACGCCCACCAUCUCAUGCGCGUCUUCCCCAAGGGCACGCGCAUCUCGUCCAAAAACCUGCAUCCCGUUCCCUUCUGGGGUGUGGGCGCCCAGAUCUGCGCCCUCAACUGGCAGACUUUCGGUGCUUCGAUGCAGAUCAACGAGGCCCUCUUCAGCGGCUCCCAAGGUUUCGUCCUCAAGCCUGCCGAGCUCCGGUCCGGCGGUUCAGGCAAGCUGGGCAACGGCACAAAGAAGAAGCUUCGACUGCACGUCGCCGGCGCGACGGAUAUCCCCAUACCCUCCGACCGCGACGACGACGAGACGAUCAAACCCUACCUUACCUGUACGCUUGUCCAUCCUCACGACCUGAAGAUGGAGCCUCCCAAGAGGAAAACGGCGGGAUACAGACAGCACAAGCUCACCGGCUUCUUACACAAGGGAGAGAACCCCCCGCCCACCGACCCGCUGUGGGACGAGGUUUUGGAGUGGGAGUACCAGGACAACGAGCUCGUCUUCCUGCGGAUGCUCGUCAAGAGCGAUGACAGCUUCUCGAGGAACCCGAUCCUGGCUGUUGGCGCGGUGCGAUUGCUCUAUACCGUUCCUGGUUGGGUCUUUAUCCGGUUGCUGGAUCUGAAGGGAAGGGAGACCAAGUGCUCUAUCCUUGUCAGGUUCGAGUUUGUGGAUGCCUGA